UUUACAGUCACCCUUAAAUAGUUUUAUUGAAAUGAUAAAAUAAACAUGUCGCUAACAAAUUACUACUCGAUGAUGGCCCACGAGACGGAGGAUCUUUACGGUGCGCAUUUCAUCCCGGGAGGUUUGCAGACGGCGGCGGCCCACGGAGGAAAACCGGCGGCGGCGGCUUGCGGGACGGAGGAAGAGACGCUCUGUUCCACCGUCUCCAGUUUCUCCAACGGAUUCCGGCAAACGGUCUUAAAUGGGCUUCCCACUUGGACCAGUACCAGCACCAGCACCACCACCACCUCUUCGUCUCCCCCGGCGGCUCCUCCGCAGCUCCAGUCCGCCUCCUCCGCCUCCCUCUCCGGACUCUUUCACUCCCACCAUCACCCCUUCAGCCACCACCACCACCACCACCACCCUUACUACGUCUCCUCUCAAACGCCGACCCCGAGCCAGCACCUCGCACCUCCGAUGAGCGCCGUGUCCUCCGAAUGCAGGUUUGUCCGCUGCUGGGAGGAGACGUCCGCCUCCGCCCCCUUGUCCCAAACAUCGGCGGGCUUUUCCGUCUGCUUACCCGCUCAGGCCGACCUCUCCGACGGCGGCCCCCCGAGGUACGAGGCAAUAAAACCGAACAGUUCGCCGCUGCGGGCCAAAAACGCAGCCGAGCGCCCCACCUACGUGAGCCUGGCUCGGGUGUCCUCCGAGCGGCGUCAGGCCGAGGAGGAGUCGGGGAGAAAGAGCGAGCAAGGCGGAGAGGAUGCUGAGAGCAAAGCACAGCAGCACGUUGAGCCCACCAACCCGUCGGCUAACUGGAUCCACGCCAAGUCGACGCGGAAGAAGAGGUGUCCGUACACCAAACACCAGACACUGGAGCUGGAGAAGGAGUUCCUCUAUAACAUGUACCUGACCCGGGACAGGCGCCUGGAAGUGGCGGGAGUCCUGAAUUUAACGGAGAGACAAGUCAAAAUCUGGUUCCAGAACAGACGGAUGAAGAUGAAGAAGCUGAUGAGUCGGGAGAGGCGGGGUGUUGAUAACUGA